AGGUGUUUUCUCCAUUCACUUUAAACUUUAUACAGUAGUUUAUGACUACACCACCAAGCCUGCGCCUCCAAGAUGCACAGGGAGUGUAAACCCUCGAGUACUGCGUUUUCUCCGCACAAUGAUCUUUGCCAUCAAAGAGAUAAAUAACAGCACGGAGCUGCUGCCCGGUAUCAAUCUGGGAUACCAGAUCUAUGAUUCGUGCGUCGCAGUACCUGUGUCAGUGCACGUUGCGUUUCAGCUCUUAAACGGCAAGGACCCUGUGUUCAACAAAGGAGGGAACUGCUCUCAAUCUGGAGUAGUGGCAGUGGUUGGAGACUCUGGGUCCACCCCAUCAAUCAGUAUUUCGCGCAUCUUCCGUUCUUUCAACAUUCCGCUGGUGAGUCCAUUUGCCACUUGUGCCUGUCUGUCAGAUAAGCAGCAGCAUCCGACGUUUUUCAGAACAAUUCCCAGUGACCAGUUCCAGGCUGACGGGCUGGCCAAACUGGUGAAGCACUUCGGCUGGAUGUGGAUAGGCGCGGUGCGCUCCGACUCAGAUUAUGGAAAUUAUGGCAUGGCGUCUUUCCUUGACGCAGCGCGCAGAGAGGGGAUUUGUGUGGAGUAUUCUGAAGCCUUCUAUCGGACCGAUCCCCCCAGCAAGAUCAAAAAAGUUGCUGAUGUGGUCCGAAGAUCGACUGCCGUUGUAGUCGUGGCGUUUGCUUCCUCUGGAGAUAUGAAGUUCCUCUUGGAGGAGCUGGCACGGGACCCUCCUCCACCUCGUCAGUGGAUUGGAAGUGAGGGCUGGAUUGGUGACCCGUACUUGCUCAGUUUCAGUUUCUGUGCAGGGGCCAUUGGAGUAGCCAUUCAGCAAUCCAUAACCCCCGGACUGAGAGAUUUCCUUCUAGAUCUCUCUCCCUCCGACGUGGCUGCCUCUUCGGUGCUGACAGAGUUCUGGGAGGAUGCAUUCAAUUGCAGUUUGACAACGAGUACCAGUGUCUGUUUGCUCUGACAGUUGUCCUCCAGGAACUCGCAAAGUUUUACAGAAAGGAAAACCCAUCUGCUGCUAUGAUUGUGUACCAUGUCCUGAAGGGGAGAUCAGUAAUAUCACAGAUUCUCCUGAUUGCCUCCCAUGCCCUGAAGAGUUCUGGCCAAAUUCAGAAAGGAAUGCCUGUUUCCCCAAACCUGUAGAGUUUCU